GUUCUGUCCCGGUUCUGUCCCGGUUCUGUCCCGGUCCGGUCCCGGUGCCGUGGGGAUGCGGGCGUGGCCGCGGUGCCCGCUGGUCGAGGACAGCUUCAGCCGCCUGCGCUCCCAGAGCAACGUCUACGGGCUGGCCGGUCCCGGUCCCGGUCCCGGGGCGCUGCUGGCGGCGGCGCUGAAGGGGAAGGUGUCGCUGUUCCGGUACCGGCAGCUGCGGCCGCGCCUGCGCCCCACGGCCCGGGAGCUGCAGUUCACCUACAUCCCCGUGGACGCCGAGAUCGUUUCCAUCGAUUCCUUCCCCAAAUCCCCGCCCCAGCGCGGCCUCGUGGUGGGCAUCACCNNNNCCCAGGACUCGGGGGACAAGCCCAGCCCCUUCCUCAACAUCUACUGCGACUACGAGCCCGGCUGCGAGUUCGACCUCGACUCCGUGGCCCAGAGCUGCCUGAACCUGGAGCUUCGCUUCACCCCCUUCCAGCUGUGCCACGCCCAGGUCCGCGUGGGGGAGCACCUGGAGACCGUUUUCCUGCUGAGUGGGAAUGACCCGGCCAUCCACCUGUACAGAGAGAACCCCGGCUCGCACCAGUUUGAGGAGCAGCCGAUCCAGCUGCUCUUCCCGGAGCUGCAGGACGUUCCCAGCACGGUGCUGUGGCUGGACGUGCGCCCCGUGCCCGGCUCGGGCCAUCGUCUCUCGGCGCUCGGCUGCCAGAGCGGAUUCGUGCGGGCGGCGCGCGUGCACGAGGCCUCGCGCGCGGUGCUGCAGAGCUGGAGCGUGCAGCAGGACGGGCCCGUCUCGGCCGUGCUGCUCUUCCCGCUGCCCCCGGCCGGCCACGAGGACCCCGAGGACUCCUGGAACCUCCUGGUGAGCAGCGCCCUGGAGGCGGCCGUGGUUUAUCGGUGCCUGCUCCGGCGCGGGCUCUCGGCGCCGCUGGCGCUGCCCGGCAGCCGCGGCUCCGACGCCGUCGUUUGCGCCAAAGUCGCCGACGUCGACUUCGACGGCGCCGCCGAAAUCCUGCUGGGCACCUACGGCCAGGAGCUGCUGUGUUACAAAUAUUUUGGGGCCGAUUCCGGGGAUUUUGGGCAAUUUGUGCCGCUGUGGGCGCGGCGCUUCCCCUCCCCCCUGCUGGCGCUGGAGCCGCUGGACCUGACGGGGGAUGGGCUGCAGGAGCUCGCCGUCGUCUGCCUGGGGGGGCUGCACGUGCUCCAGCACAGCCUGGAGCCGACGGCGCGGCUGCUCCGGGAGCGGCUGCGGAGGGAGGUGCAGCAAAAACGGGGCAAAAAACCGGAAAAACGGGAAAAAACGCCGGAAAAACGGGAAAAAACGCUGGAAAAACGGGAAAAAACGCCGGAAAAACGGGAAAAAAAUCCAGAAAAACGAGAAAAAACCUUUAACGCGGCGGCGGCGGGAGCGGACCCGGGGGGGAACAGGUAG